AUGGACGAGAAGAUAAGAGAUGUGGUCGAGUUGGAGUUGAAAGGAGUUGAAAGUGGAGGGAAAGUGAAAAUACAGGCCUUUGUUGUUAAUGAAGUUUCAGAAAUACGCAAUGAGCAUGUUGAAAUAUUGAAGUAUGAUUAUAAGCAUCUUACUAACUUGUGGUUUUCAGAUGUUUGUAGGCACGAAGAUUCCCUUAUUAUAGACAUUUUAGUUGGAAGCGAUUGGCUUUGGACGCUUCAAGAUGGUCGUAUAAUACGAGGGGAGCCAGGAGAGCCUGUUGCCAUUCAUACUAAGAUUGGAUGGGUUGUGUCAGGGCCAAUAAAGGGUAAGUUAACUGAUUUGGCAGAAUCUUGUUCUUCAAAUUUGGUUGUAAAUGGUAAUGGUAUAACAGUUAAUUUGAUGCACCAGAAUAAGGAACAGGAAUUAGAACAAGACAUUAAAAAACUGUGGGAUCUUGAGACUUUAGGAAUUAAAAGGCAAGAUAAGGUGCAUGAAGAAUUUUUGGAUAAUAUAGAGUUUAAAGGAGAUAGAUACUCAGUUUGUUUGCCUUGGAAAAUGGGGCACAAGCCCCUUUCUACUAAUUAUACUCUUAGUCUCAACAGAUUGAAGGGGCAGUUGAAAAAGCUCAAGGAGAAGCCUGCAAUAAUGGAAACUUAUGAUGGGAUUAUAAAGCAACAAGAAAGGGAUAGAAUCAUUGAAGAGGUUACAAGUCUUGAGCCAAGUGAGAAGCUUAGUUAUCUGCCACACCAUGCCGUUGUACGAAAUGAUGCAGAAACAACAAAGGUAAGAAUAGUAUAUGAUGCCUCUGCAAAAGAUAGGAAGUCAGGUACCUCUCUAAAUGAGUGUUUACAUGUUGGACCACCAUUAAAUCCACUUUUGUUUGAUAUCAUGAUAAGAUUCAGAGAAAAUAAGAUUGCAAUAACAUCUGAUAUCGAAAAGGCAUUUUUGAAUAUUGAAGUGGAUAAAAAGGAUAGAGAUUGCUUGAGGUUCUUAUGGGUUGAUAGUUCUUGUGAUAGUGAACCAAACAUUAAAGUUUACCGCUUUAAUCGUGUUGUUUUCGGAGUAAAUAGUUCUCCUUUUUUGUUGAAUGCUGUUGUAAGACAUCAUUUAAGCACUUAUGAAACAGCUGAUCCAGAGUUCUCAGCAAAAUUGUCUAGAAGUUUCUAUGUAGAUGACCUAGUGUUAGGAUGUUAUGAUGUAGAAAGUGGUAAAGAACUCUAUAAUAAGGCAAAGAAAAGAAUGUUAGAGGCAGGAUUUAACUUAAGGAAAUGGAAGAGUAAUGAUCCACAACUUGCUCAAUAUUUUAAGGUUAUGGAAGAAACUGGGAAACAUCCUGCAGAUGGAGGGGGUGAAUGUAGCUAUGUAAAGGAAAUGCUAGGGGAAGAAAUUUCAGACACUAAGAGUAAAGUUUUGGGAAUAACAUGGGAUAUGUUGAAGGAUAAUUUGGAAUUUGAGUUGACAAAAAUAGAGAGCAGUGUUCCAAAUUCACCUGUUACUAAGAGAACCAUCUUAAGCAUGAUUUCCAAACUUUUUGACCCUUUAGGACUUGUGAGUCCAAUUAUUGUAAGUGCAAAGGUUUUGUUUCAGGAAUUAUGCACCUUGAAGUUAGGAUGGGAUGAUGAAGUACCAGUAGAAAUGCUCAAUAAAUGGAAUAAAUUUGUAUGUGAUUUAAGUUCAGUGGGUGUUAUUUCCUUACCAAGAUGUCUAUAUGAAAAAAGUACAGAUAAGGUAAAUAAGUGUUAUUUACAUGGGUUUGCAGAUGCCAGUAAGAAGGCUUACUGUGCAAUGGUUUAUUUAGUAUGCGAGACUGAUACUGGAAUGCAUUCAAGAUUGAUUUGUGCUAAGACAAGGGUUGCUCCGCUUAAGGAAUUAAGCAUUCCAAGGUUAGAACUUAUGUCAGGUCGUAUUUUAUCUACACUUAUGGAGACUGUGUAUAAUGCGUUAAGCCCACAAAUUAGAAUAGACGGUUGUAGGUACUGGUUAGACAGUAAGACAGCAUUAUACUGGAUAAAUAAUCAAGGUGAAUGGAGGCAAUUUGUACAACAUAGGGUCAAUGAGAUUCUGAAAAUUUCUAAAAAGGAAGACUGGGGACAUUGUAUUGGAGUUUGUAAUCCAGCAGAUUUGGGUUCUAGGGGAGUCUCUGCAACAAUUUUAAGAGAUAGCAGACUUUGGUGGGAAGGUCCUCAUUGGUUGUCCAUGGGGAAGGAAUAUUGGCCUAAAAGUUUCACUCUUGAGGAUUCACCAGAGAUUAUGGAGGAAAAAAGGAAAACUGUAAAUGUUACAGCAGUAAUAGAACAAAACAGACUAAGUGUGACUGAAAUAAUAGAGGUGGAUAAAUUUAGCUCUUUGAAGAAAUUAUUGAGGGUUACAGCAAGAGUGAUCCGUUUCGUCACUAACUUAAGGUCUGCAAGGGAAGGUAAGAUAUUGAAAUUAGGGGAAUUAGACUCGGAGGAAGUUUCAAGGGCAGAAAGGAUUUGGAUUAAGGGCUCACAAAUUGACCUUAAGAAACAACCAGGGUAUAAUGAGAUUGCAUUGAAAUUGGGACUUUUCGAAGAAGAUAGCAUUUUAAAGUGCAAGGGUCGCUUGGAAAACUCAGAUUUAGCACUAGAAACUAAGUUUCCGAUUAUUCUACCGAAUAAUAAUUGGUUUACGCGUUUGGUUAUUGAGGAUUGCCAUGAAAGGGUAAUGCAUGAAGGUCUGAACGCAACGCUCACGGAAUAUAGGUCUAGAUUUUGGACAACUAAAGGAAGGCAGUAUGUAAAAAAGAUAUUGAGGGAUUGCAGAAAGUGCAAAAAGGUACAAGGUAAAUCGUACGGUGUACCAUCAGUCGCACCUUUACCUGAAUUUCGUGUUAAGGAAGUACCACCAUUUACCUACAUAGGUAUAGAUUUUGCUGGACCAUUGUUUUAUAAAAGCAAAAUAGGUAAGAUGGAAAAAUGCUAUAUUGCACUUUACACCUGUGCUACAUCAAGGGCAAUACAUCUUGGCCUCGUUGAAGAUAUGUCAGGACCGACCUUUAUAAGGAGUCUUAGGCGUUUUACAUCUCGUCGUGGUACGCCUUCGUUGAUUAAUUCAGACAACGCUAAAACUUUCAAGUUCACCAAUAAGUUUCUAGAUAAGCUGGGAAAUAGUCGUGAAGUUUCAUCAUAUUUGGUUGAAAAGAAAAUAACAUGGCGUUUCAACUUGAAAAGAAGUCCCUGGUGGGGAGGUUAUUUUGAGAAAUUGGUCGGAAGUGUAAAGAGGUGUUUAAGAAAGGUGCUUGGAAAUGCCAAGCUAACAUUUGAUGAGUUGUAUACCGUGCUGUUAGAAGUUGAGGCGACACUUAAUUCGCGCCCCUUAACGUAUAUUUAUGACGAAGUUGAAGUUUACCCACUUACUCCGUUUCAUCUUAUGUACGGUCAUAGAUUGUCGCAAUUAGCUGAUGAUUUAGAUAUCAACGAUUUAGAUCUAGAGGAGAGUUCAUCAGCAUACUCUAAGCGAUUUUGCUAUUUAAUUAAAAAAUUAAGUCACUUUGCAGGACGCUGGAGAAGGGAAUAUUUAACAGAACUCAGGGAAUUUCAUAGAAAUAACAGGAAUGGAGAAAUAAUUGUGUCCGUCGGGGAUAUAGUAUUGGUGCAAGAGGAACACGUCAAAAGAAAUUCAUGGAAAAUGGGAAAAAUCGUGGAACUUGUGCAAGGGAAAGACGGUGUUGUUCGGGGUGCAAAGGUAAAAGUAUGUGGUAGUGGUAAGUCAGAAAUUUUAUCUCGACCUUUGCAAAAACUUUUUCCUUUUGAACUUGCAAGAAUGAACGAAAUCGCAGGAAAAAGUACGGACAUCGAGAGGAAAGAGAACGAAGUACGGGAACAGAAUGCUUGUGAAUUUUCACCUAUUGUAAUUUGUCCUAAUCGCGUCGUAGAACCCCAGCGUAGGAAAUCUAAACGCGCAGCAGGUCAGGAUUCGCAGUGGAAAACCCGUUUGAUGCUUGACUCUUAA